GUUUUGUUUUCCCUCAUACGAUGUCUUAAAGCAUCACUGCUUGCAGAUCUAAGGAGUACGUCUAAAGCUCCACCCCUUUUAAUUCGUAAACAACGCAUCGUUUGUUGACUGUAGUAUAUAAGAAAGUGUUGCUCAUAAAUGCUUUCAGGAAAAGCGCACCAAAAGAUAUGGAUGACCAUGCUUAUGCUAUACAACACAAAAUCGACGAUGGUGCUUUUGGUGAAGUUCUCUGUGUUAAAGAUACUAAAACUAACCAAAUACUAGCUAUGAAACAAAUUCUAUACCGUGGUGAUAUUUCUAAGGACCCCUAUAUCAUGAAUGAAAUAUACAGCUUAUCUCAUUUACAUCAUGAAAAUGUAAUCAAGCUGAUGGAUGUUAUCAUUACUGAUAAAAGUGUUAACUUGAUCAUGGAAUUAGCAGAAAAUGGAAAUUUGGAGACAUUCAUUCAAAACAAUCCACUUGCUUUUGACCAACUGUCACAUAUUUUCUUUCAGCUAUUAUCUGCUGUGGAUUUUUGUCAUCGUAAUAAUAUUGCGCACCGUGACAUCACUCCAUGUAAUAUAUUGCUUACUAACAAGACGAGUGUUCGAUUGGCAGAUUUUGGUCUUUCUGUUCCUUGUCGUGAUUCUGAAGGACACGUAAUUCUGUGUGAUGAUUAUUUAGGACACAUCCAUUAUUCAGCACCAGAAGUACUGAAGAAGACUCAAUACGAUCCGCUCCUUUCUGAUAUGUGGAGUGUUGGAGUUGUUUUAUAUUUCAUGAUUCAUGCAAAUAUUCCAUUCACAGGGGAUGAGGAGGAAAUAAUAUCUCAACAAACAGAUGAAAAUAUUGUUACAGAUCUUAUAAAUCGAGGAAACGAGAAGGGUGAAAGGUACGCUGGACAAUUCAUCACCGUUAUGCGAAAUGUGUUUCGUGGAGACCCAGACAGACGCUGUAAAACUAGUAACUUGUUAAUUUUGAUGAACAACGAAGCAUGAAAGACGCAUGAAUUCUAAAUGGACAAUUGACACUACAUUCCUCUUCCUGUUUUUAAUGUUUUCAUAAACAGUUUUCAGAAUGGUAAAUGACUUUGUAGUCUUGAGUUAUGUGUAUUUGUUUUAAAGAACUGGAAAAAUAAAUAAAACAGAUUUUC